UAUUUUCACGGCUCCCUCCUCAUAUAUAAUUAACCUACCUUCAUCCUCUCAUGCUAUCAAUAUCUCCACUUGAAAAUGGAAGAGAUAUCGACAGAGAGGAAACCAGAUCCAACGAUGGAGAUUUUACCAGAUUUCCUCUGCCCCAUUUCCAUGGAGCUCAUGAAAGACCCGGUCACCAUUUCCACCGGCGUCAGCUACGAACGAAAGAACAUCGAGAAAUGGUUCUUCGCUUACAAAAAGAAGACCUGCCCGGCCACCAUGCAAAGCAUCAAGAAUUUCGAUAUCACGCCGAAUCGCACCCUCAAAGCAAUAAUAUCGCAAUCUUGUCCAUCAUCCUCGUCAGCUUCACGACAACCUUCGCCCAACCAUGACGACAUGUUGUCUCUCCUCAGAACCAUUGAAUCGUCGCCGUUUAAGGUGAGUUCCUUGAAGAAACUCCGAUCCAUCAUUGAAAAAGAUGAUGAGAUUGUAAAAGCAGAUUUUAUUCAAUCUAAAGGAGUUGAAGCACUCGUACAAAUUAUUGUACAAAUUCUUUUUGAGUGCUCUGAUUUCAAUACAUUUGGAGCUUGUGAGGAGGCCUUGGGAAUUUUACAACAACUGAUCCGUUUCUCCGAGGAAGAAAACACAACCUUUGACUUGUUAUCCAAACCAGAAUCUAUGAAGUCCAUGGCAAUCAUGCUUCAAAGAGGAAGCGCUGAGGCAAGGCUCUACACCAUUACCAUAUUCCAAAAGAUGGCACAAAAUGGAUACGAUUGGAAUUUUGUUAUUCAAGGUGUAGAUUUCUUCAAGUCUUUGUUAGAGAUGGUUUCUGAUGAGAUAUGCACCAAGGCAAGCUCAUGUGCCUUGGAAGUUCUAAUAGAAAUACUUGGAUCUUCGAAGAAAAGCCGGUUACGGGCGAUCGAGGCCGGUGCCGUUUGCGUCCUCGUUGAGCUUCUGCCGGACUCGAACCGGCCGAAAUGCGAGAAAGUUCUGCUGCUGAUAAAAUUGCUAUGUGAAUGUGCCGAAGGCAGGCUGGCGUUGGUGGAGCAUGGCAUGGGCAUCGCGGCGAUCUCCAAGAGAAUGCUGCAUGUCUCCAUCGCGGCAACAAAGAUGGUGGUGAAGAUUUUGUGGAUGAUUUGUAGCUUUCACCCUACAGAAAGGGUGUUGGAGGAAAUGCUGGUUUAUGGAUCGGUGAAGAAGCUUUUGGUGUUGUUGCAUAUAGAUGGCCGGUCUUCAACCAAGGAUAAAGUGAUAAAGAUGAUCAAGUUGCAUGGGAAUUCAUGGAAGCGAUACCCUUGUUUUCCUUGUGAAUUGAAGGAAUAUAUGGCCUUUAAUUUGUGAGUAAUUCUUGCUAAAAAAAUAUUACAGAAAUUUGAUCAUUAAAAGAUGAAAAUUAGAAAAUUUUAUAAUAUGAUCUUCUCCAGAAAGUUUGAGUGAGUAAAAUGUAUACAGCUGGUGUUUUUGAUUUUUAUCUUGUUAAUUAUUAUAUUUAUCUUUUGCUAUGAUCAUCAUAAUUGUGCUUGCACUUUUCUAUUAAUUGGCCGGGGGUGUUUCUUGUGAGAGGUACCUUACAUUCAGAUU